AUGCCGAAAAAGAUUCAAGCUAACGUUUCAACGCUUCUUGAUCUGAAAGCUGAGCUGUUUCGCAAGAAGGAAGAUUUCAGCCGGCUUAAGCAAGCGACGGUCGACCAUGGAAUGUUCGUACAUGGAAAACCUCUCUUAGCCGAACAACGGCGACAGCUGUCGAAAUCCAAGAAAGAGCCCAAAAAAACCACUAAACUUGUUACGGUUUUGGACGACGAACAGCAGGCGGAGCAUAACCGACUUCUAGAGCUGUCUCGACAAAAACUGUGCGCCAAAGCGGCUCUCUACGACAAGCUUAAUUCAUCGAAAAGUUCGGAAAUGAUGGAAGAUGCAGACAGCGGUCAGUUUCUGGUGAACUUUGAGCGCAAGGCCUACGACAGGGAUCGAAGUGACAGCGAUUUUAGUUUUGAAAGCGAUGGCGGCAACUCUGAAGAUAACGGCGACGAUGAACAUGCAACAACGAGUUCCGGAUUGAUCGAAGCAGCAGAGAAGCCCGAGGAAGAGUGGGUGGAAUACACGGAUUCUCUUGGACGCACCCGUCGUUGUAUGCGCAAAGACCUGGACCAUUUCAUGGCUGUCGAUGCGGAUUUCCAAAAACGCGACGAACAAACGCCUUCUACGUCUAUGCAGACAAAAACGGAAAGCCGUGCUUAUUCUGAUGUGCAGCAUGGAAAUCGGAACGAAAGGCCUGAGCUCGUUGAGGAUAAGCCGGUCGGUCCUACUCACUACCAACACGUACUCAGAAAUGAAGCGUGGGAUCACGGCGUUGCCUAUUUCCAGUUCUCAACCGACGAAACCGUCAGACAAGAGCAGAUGAAGAAACUUCAGAUGCUCAGGCAUCAAACGGAAGAACUGAGGUUGAAAACAGAGCAAAUUAAGCAGCGGCGGAAGCAAGCCAUGGAAAAGCGUUUGCAGAAAGUGAUCGAAAGAAAGAAUUUGAAUGUACCUGCAGGUAGGUCGAUCACCUAUUCUUAUUACCGCAACUCUGUCGGCGUGAUGAUCGUGUAUGACAUAACGCGGAGGGAAACAUUUGAACACGUAGCCGCAUGGCUACAUGAAGCUCGCCGCAACACCGACCAAAAUGUUUGCGUCUGUCAGCUGAUCGGUCACAAGAGCGAUCUGGAGUCGCAGCGGCAGGUGCUGUACGAAGAGGGCGAGUAUUUCGCCAAGUAUCAUAAAAUGAAGUUUAUAGAAACAAGCGCUAAAAGCGGACAAAACGUAGACGAGGCAUUUUCGAUGCUGGCGCGCGAGAUCUACGCCCGUAUAAGGUCGAACGACCUUUCGCUAGUCUACGGUUGGGAGGGCAUCAAGCCGGGCAUCGGCGACUCGGUGAUGCUGAUGAACGACGACUCGUGUUCGGACAAUAUCGGCCUUUGUUCGUACUGUUGA